AUGCCCCGGGGAAGCCGCAGCGUGGCUGCCCGGCCAGCUAGCCGUCCAGCGGCACCUGCCGCCCGCCCGCCCGCACCUGCACAGCCCUCGGCUCCGGCCCCGGCCCCCGUGGCUUCAGGACAGCCAGGUCUCAUGGCCCAGAUGGCGUCCACUGCCGCCGGGGUGGCCGUGGGCUCGGCCGUGGGACACGUGGUGGGCAGUGCCCUGACCGGAGCCUUCAGCGGGGGAAGCUCGGAGCCUCCUGCGCAGCCUACCACCCAGCAGAAAUAUUAUAAGGAUAAGCUUUAUUUCUGGUAUUACAAGCUUUCUGAAAAUAUAGUUUUUAAACUCUGCACCCCACACAGAGCUCAUCAGAAUGCUUUGCAUAAAUUGGCAAACAGUAAAUGUGUGUUGAAUGUCUAG